AUGGAUAAUACGAAAGCUGUAAAAAUUGCUGUUAUUGGUGGUAGUGGACUUUAUGAUUUUGACCAUUUAACACCAAUAAAAGAAAUUUAUCCGGAAACUCCAUGGGGUUAUCCUAGCAAUAAAAUUAGAAUAGUUGAGGACUCUCGCGGUACUCAAAUCGCUUUUCUCUCUCGACAUGGUCAUGGACAUCAGUACAACCCUUCUGAAGUGCCGUCAAGGGCAAAUAUAGCUGCUUUAAAACAUAUCGGCGUGGAAAUUAUUAUCGCCUUUUCAGCUGUUGGAUCUCUUCGAGAAGAAAUCAAGCAUCGAGAUUUUAUUCUUCCAAAUCAAAUUAUAGAUCGAACAAAAGGAAUUCGACCUUCUACUUAUUUUGAAGGUGGAAUCGUAGCUCAUACACCAUUCGCUGAUCCUUUUAAUCCAUUGCUUGCCGAAAUUAUUUAUUCUCAUCGACAUUGUCUUGGAGCAGGCGUCACUUUACAUCGUGACAAAACAGUUGUAUGCAUCGAAGGGCCUGCAUUUAGUACAAGAGCUGAAUCACUCCUAUAUCGCAAUUGGGGAUGUGACGUUAUUAAUAUGUCAGCAUUGCCCGAAGCAAAAUUAGCAAGAGAAGCUGAAAUUGCUUAUCAAAUGAUAUGUAUGUCAACCGAUUAUGAUUGUUGGAAGCAAGAUGAAGAAUCAGUUACUGUCGAUGUGGUAAUUUCAAAUUUAACUCGAAAUGCAGCUAGUGCGAUAAAAAUAUUAGCAGAAAUAUUACCAGACUUAGAGAAGGCGUUAGCUGAAGGAAAGUUUAAAGAAAUGAAAGAAGUUAUGAAAGGAUCUUGUAUUACUAAUAAGCAAGUUAGGAAUGAAGAACUUGGUUGUAAUGCGAACGCGGCCUCUUGGAAUGCUCCUACCAUCGAUCCACGGACCAUCCAUCCAAGACUCCCUAUAUAUUUGAGUCAGCAAUGUUGA